AUGUCCGUAAAGGGGUCUCUCCAGAUCCUGGCAUUGCUGCCGCUGCUACAAACUAUCGUUCUCGCCCAGGAUGGUCGCUUCAUCGUCACGGGGAGGCAGACCGCUCUCAACACGACGAGCGGUGAGCGCCCCUUACGUAUGAAUGUUAAUCAAAUGCAGAACGAUGGAGGUGCUCUCUGGGAUCUUUUUAUUCUUGGUCUGGCAGAGUUCCAGCAGGUGAAGGAGAGCGAUGAGCAGUCAUACUUUGGUAUUUCUGGUAUCCAUGGCCGUCCAUACAUUGGAUGGAACGGCGUUGAGGCCGCAUCGGGUGGCAAUGGGAGGGGUUUCUGUCCUCAUGGUGAAAUCCAAUUUGCCACUUGGCAUCGUCCUUAUGUUGCAACGUUUGAAAUGAUUCUUGGACAACAUGUUACCACAGUCGCGUCGCGCUACCAAGGUUCACAGGCGGCGACUUACCAGGCUGCUGCUGAGAACUGGAGGAUGCCAUACUGGGAUUGGGCUAGUGACUAUAACCUGCCGCCAUCGGCCAUGAUGGCAACCAUCACGGUCAACGGCCCGUCGGGACAGACGACCAUCAAGAACCCGUUGUACAAUUACAAGUGGCAGCAGUUCCCCCUCAACACGGCCAACAACUACUUCCCCACCAGCACGGACCGCAACUGCUGGGCAUGGCCAGAGACAACUCGCCAGCCGGAUUCCCAGGGCAACAACCAGUUCAACAUCGUCAACCAGGAUCUGUCCGACGUCAACAACCCGCUGAAGAGCCAGGUGUAUCGUAUCAUGUCCACGGUUACCGACUACAACACCAUGGCCACCUAUGGUACGAGCGGUUUGAGUUUCGAGGCUCCCCACAACGAUGUGCACACUUCCAUGUAUGCCAUCAUGACAUACCUCGACUAUUCUGGCUUUGACCCAAUCUUCUGGUUGCACCACACCAACGUCGAUCGUCUAAUCGCCCUUUGGCAGGCAGUCAACUACAACAACACCGUCCAGACCGGAAGCUAUCGUACCCGUGGUCUGUACGCGACACCCGCCAACACGGUCAUCACGGCCGACAGUGAUCUGAAGCCCUUCUACCGCGAUGCCAACAACUUCCACAACGGUAAAACGGCGUCGUCGACCAAGAACUUUGGAUACACAUACCCCGAGUUGGUCCACGAGAACAGCGCAACCAAAGACCAGCUGCGCCGCUCCGUCAUCAGAUCCGUCAACAUCCUUUACGGAGACGGCUCCAUGGCUAGCCAGCCCGACCCGGCCGCUUCGUCGUCUGUCGCGCCCGCACCCUCCAGCACGGCCUCUUCUAGCUCCUCGACCGUUGCUCAGUCGUCGGCUGUUUCUUCUGCCUCGCCCGUCUCAUCUGGCGGCCCGGCCUCCUCAUCUUCUGCCGCUGCUGAUGAUGAUGAGAGCGACGAUGGAGACAACAACGAUGGCGACAACACGACGGAGGCUCCCACGCCUGCACCUACCCCCAGCGCUGCCCCUGCACCCGGUCCCGCCAACGGCCCAGGCCCAGCUCAGGGACAAGGCUCCACUCCUGCUCCCAACCCCGGCCCUGCUCAAGGCCCUGGAAACGGUCCCGCCGGCAAGGGCAAGGGCAAUGGCAACAACCGCAACAACGGUAACGGCAACGGCAACGGCAACACCAUCAACUGGGGCCCUUGGUCCUGGCUGUUUGGCCGCCGCAGCCGCAUGGUCAAGCGUGACCCCACCCUGUCGGACCUCGAGCUCAUCCCUGAGAUCCUCGGCAAGGUUGCUCCCGUCCUCGGCGACGCCAUCAACGGCGCAGAUGCCAAGAUUACUGGUGGCAGCAUCAGCAAGCACGUCAAGAAGCCUUCGGCCUCGUCGUCCGGCAGCUACAGCAGCAGCAGCAACAAGGCCUCGCCCGUUCCGGCCACUCCAGUCAAGCAGUACUCGCUUGGCGUGCAGCUCGAGCGUAGCGAGCUUCCCCUUCCUUGCAGCUUGGUCUUCUCCAUCGGCAACACUUACGUCGGCCACACGACUCUGCUUUCCAUGCCUCUGGCUGGUCCUACCUAUGACGACCUUCCGCUUGACAAGGCCAUCAAGGCCCAUGGCAUGAGCCCGGUUGACGUCAACAAGCUCCAGAACCUGCUGACUGCUCAGAUCAAGAUGCCCAACGGUACCAUGAUCACCAAUGCCAACGUUCCCAGCCUCAAGGUCAAGAUCCGUGGUGAAGAGGUCAGGCCCCCGGUCGCUCUUGAUGAGUUCCCCACCAUCAUCAGCAACUUCUUCAACGGACCUACCCUUGGUGGCCUUAAGUGCAAGAUCAUCAACGCUCUGGGCGGAGACUUCAACAACGCUGCAGAUGAGGGUUAUGGCAACGGCCCGAGCCCCAGCAACUCCGACAAUGGCAAUGAUGACAACGAUGACGACAACGACGACGACAAUGAUGAUGACUAUGACUAUGGCUAUGGCCCCGUUCCUACACCGGCAGCCUCGUCUCCUAUCCCAUCCGCGGUUACCAGCAACGUCCUGCCUGUUGAGACGACCUCGACUGUCACUUCUGUGUCGGUCCUGCCCAUCUCCAGCAACGUUCCCGACUCUAUUGUGCCGUCGCCGUCGUCUUCGACUACUCCCGUCUCCAACAAUGUGACCCCUUCGUCUGUCUCGCCAUCUGUAUCAACCACCACUUUGCCUGCAUCAGUGGCUCCCAGCUCCGAUGUCAAGCCCAUUGAGAGCACCACCUCGCCGGCUGCUGAUAGCUACACUCCUUCGCCUUCGGUAAAGACUGGCACCACUUCUGCUGUCGUCCCCGGGUCGGUGGCUCCCAGCUCUGAUGUCAAGCCUGUCGAGAGCACGACUUCGCCAGCUGUCAAGACCACCACCACCACCUCUUCCGUGGAGGCUGUUGAUACCCCAACUUCCGCUGUGGUGCCUGCAUCCGUGACUCCCAGCUCUGACAUCAAGCCUGUCGAGAGCACAACCUCCCCGGCUGCUGACAACUACCCUCCGUCACCUUCGAGCAUUUCCUCCUCAGUUGAGGCUGUUGACGUGACUUCCUCAACCUCUGCCGUCAUUCCUGCUUCCGUGACACCCUCUCCUUCGCCUUCGGAUUCGGACUACAACGACUACCCUCCGUCACCCUCAGGCACGACAUCUUCCGUUGAGGCGGUUGAUGUGACCCCUACUUCCGCUGUUGUGCCCGCCUCUGGGACUCCCUCGCCCCCAAGCUCUGCCGUCGUGCCCGCCUCUGAGACGCCCUCGCCCUCGGGCACGACUUCUUCCGUCGAGGCUGUUGCCGUUACGCCGACCCCGUCGACUACCCCGGCUGCUGACACGUAUCCACCAUCCCCUUCGGGCACGACCUCUUCUGUCGAGGCUGUUGCCGUGACCCCGUCUCCCUCAUCAACCCAGAGCACCAAUGCCAACGUCCCUGCUUCCGUGGCCCCUUCUUCAGUCGUCCAGGCCGCUUCCUCACCCAGCCCGACCCCUUCCGCCGCAGACAACUACCCCCCAUCACCCCAGUCCUCGGCAGUCGUCCCCGUCGACAACUCGCCCACGACGACCCCGGUCCCCACCAACAACAGCUACGGUGACUACCCACCCGCCCCGGUCCAAUCCUCCGUGCACCCCACCACCGACCAGAACUACCCGCCGUCCAACAACCAGGGUGGCUGCGGUGCCGUGGCUCCUGUUGCCCCCGCCGCCCACCCCGUUUACAAGGCCGCUGUGGACUCAGUCAAGCCCGCACCCAUGGCCGCGACCCAGGCCACCGCCGAGACCCCCAACGGCGAGGUGUUCACGCCCUCGUCGCCCAAGACCCCGGCCAACUCCGUCCCCGCCGUCAAGAACACCCCGCAGGGCGCCGUCUUCGCCCCGUCCCCCGUCAAGGGCACCGCCAACAGCCGCAUGGCCAGGCGCGCGGCCAUCCAGGCCCGGACCCUGGGUCUGCUCGAGGGCUUGAUCGGAACCCUUGUCGACGCCGGCAACGGCCAGGGCGCCGCCUCUGCCUCGGGUGGCAGCUAUGGUUCUGGCUCUGCCCCCGCCUCCACCGACGAUGACGACGACUACGGCUCGUCCGACGCCAGCUCCCCCGCCGACACCACCGGCGACUACUCUGGCUCGUCGUCCGGCGCCAGCCUCCCGUCCCUGGAAGGCCUCGGCGCCGCCAUCUCCUCCGUCCUGGGCGGUGGCGGAAGCCUCGAUUCGCUCAAGAGCCUGGGCAGCCUCGACUCAUACGUGCAAGCGGCCAAGGCUGCCGCUGCCUCCGGCAAGGGCUACACGCCCCAGGCCGCCGCCGCCCCGGCUGCCGACUAUGACAGCCAGUCACAGGCUGCUCCUGCUUCCUCCACCCCCAAGGGGUCCAUCCCGUCCCUGGGUGGUGGCAGCAGGGUUGCGGGUGCCGCGUACUAA